CAUUUGACCAUUUAUAAGAUCAAACUGAGUAUUAAAAAUGUAACCCUAAUCACGAACCAAAUACAUUAUUCAUUGAAUUUAAAAAUGAUUUGAAUGGAAAAAAAAAUUAAAUUAAAUGCAUUAAAGCCAAUGCAAGAGAAAGAGAAACCGCAUUCAUCAUUCAUAAACCCUGUUCUGUGACUGUAAGAAAGCAUCACUGAUUCAUUUAUAUAAAUGCACCAACCUCCCUCCACUUGCUGACUUGUGUUUGAUUUCAUUUCCACCAAACUUCCCACCACACUCACUCUCUCAGUCAUUUCAUCAAACACCAGCCAGCCAUGGCAGCCAACGCAAUUUCCCAAACUUUCCGAAUCCCUACUCCAACCUCCCUUUCUCUCUCAUCCAAACUUCCUCUCUCCCCCGCCUUCUCCGUCUCCCUCCCCACCCACCGCCGUCGUUCCCUAGUCGUCUACGUCUCUUCCAGUCUCGACGCAAAACCCACCGUACUCGUCGCUGAAAAACUCGGCGAAGCAGGUCUCAAACUUCUCAAAGACUUCGCUAACGUGGAUUGUUCAUACAAUCUCAGCCCUGAGGAACUCUGCACCAAGAUCUCUCUCUGUGAUGCUCUUAUCGUUCGUAGUGGGACUAAAGUCUCACGUGAAGUCUUUGAAUCUUCCGGUGGUAGACUUAAGGUCGUUGGAAGAGCUGGUGUUGGAAUCGAUAACGUGGAUCUGGCUGCUGCUACUGAACAUGGUUGUUUGGUUGUGAAUGCUCCCACUGCUAACACCGUCGCCGCUGCUGAGCACGGGAUCGCACUCUUGGCUUCCAUGGCUAGAAACGUUGCUCAGGCUGAUGCUUCUAUCAAAGCUGGGAAAUGGCUGAGAAGUAAGUAUGUUGGAGUAUCCCUAGUUGGGAAGACACUUGCUGUAAUGGGAUUUGGGAAGGUUGGUACUGAAGUUGCUAGGCGUGCUAAGGGGCUUGGGAUGAAUGUCAUUGCUCAUGAUCCUUAUGCUCCUGCUGAUCGUGCUCGUGCUAUUGGUGUGGAACUUGUGAGCUUUGAUGAAGCUAUUGCUACUGCUGAUUUCAUCUCUUUGCAUAUGCCGCUUACCCCAGCUACCUCAAAGAUGCUCAAUGAUGAGACUUUUGCCAAGAUGAAGAAAGGAGUUAGAAUUGUUAAUGUUGCUCGUGGUGGAGUCAUUGAUGAGGAUGCACUUGUUAGAGCAUUGGAUGCUGGAAUUGUAGCUCAGGCGGCUCUUGAUGUUUUCACUGUGGAACCACCUGCCGAAGACAGCAAGUUGGUUAAGCAUGAGCUAGUUACUGCAACACCUCAUCUCGGUGCCAGUACCAAGGAAGCUCAGGAAGGUGUGGCUAUUGAAAUAGCCGAAGCUGUAGUUGGGGCCUUGAAAGGGGAGCUUGCUUCUACUGCAGUAAAUGCACCAAUGGUUCCCUCAGAGGUGCUAACAGAGCUUAAACCAUUUGUUGAUCUUGCUGAGAAGCUGGGGAGACUGGCUGUCCAACUGGUAGCAGGAGGAAGCGGUGUAAAAACGGUGAAAGUGACUUAUGCUUCCGCUAGGGCCCCUGAUGAUCUUGACACACGUCUUCUUCGUGCUAUGAUAACAAAGGGUCUGAUUGAGCCCAUAUCCAGUGUUUUUGUGAACUUGGUUAAUGCUGAUUUCACCGCUAAACAAAGAGGGAUAAGAAUAACUGAGGAGAGAGUUAUUCUUGAUGGUUCACCUGAGAAUCCACUUGAAUUCAUCCAGGUCCAGAUUGCUAACGUGGAAUCUCGAUUUGCCAGCGCAAUAUCAGAUUCAGGGGAGAUCACUGUUGAGGGCCGUGUGAAAGAUGGUGUCCCUCAUCUUACAAAGGUUGGAUCUUUUGAAGUUGAUGUGAGUUUGGAAGGUAGCAUUAUACUGUGCAGGCAGGUAGAUCAACCAGGUAUGAUUGGAAAGGUGGGAAGCAUCUUGGGUGAAGAGAAUGUGAAUGUGAGCUUCAUGAGUGUUGGAAGGAUUGCUCCAAGAAAGCAAGCUGUGAUGGCAAUUGGAGUUGAUGAUCAACCUCGCAAAGAAACUUUGAAAAGGAUUGGAGAUAUUCCUGCUGUUGAAGAAUUCGUUUUCCUCAAGUUGUAAGAUUAAAUGUUUGUGUUGUGUUUUAUUUUUCCUUUAUUUUGUAUUUUUUUUAAAUUGGGCAUGACUGGUUGAUGCGCCCGGUUUUGAUGUAUCAUCAUGAACAAGUGAGUAGAGUGAGUCUUAGAGGGAUGAAGAAAAGAAUAAUUUUACUUUGGAAUGAGUAGUGUGGUUUAUUGGUUUAGUGAAA